AUGGGCUUCCCCCGUUUCGCGGCCUUGAUUGCCUUCGACGAGGACAAGUCAACAACGAUAUACAGACGGUUCGACAGAGUUGCUGCUAGAGAUCUACUACGUAUGGAGAGCGAGCUCGCCUGGCUUGAGGCUGAACAAGAUUUUCUGGACAAGAACAUACCCGAGGGAUUAGAGCCCGAGCUCAGCGCAGCAUUGAUUAGUACGCAGGAACAGAAGUUCCACGCGAAUUACCAGUGGGACCAGGACUUCGAUGCCUUUUGCACCAAAGCUCAGAGGGCGUUGGAAGAAACCGUAACCGAAACCUCCGCUUCUCCUGACGAAAUCUGGAAAGAGUCACUUGAAACUGUUUAUGGACUGUCCCCGAGCCGGGAAAACACCAUACGGCAGCAAUUCGAAGUAUCUCGGAAUCUAGGGAAGGAGAUAAAAGCCGCCGUCUUGGACGCGUCAAGUCGAGCUCUGCGGUCCAGCUUGUAUUAA